AUGGCAGCCAUGGCGCAUGGGAAUGGAGGCCAGCGGCAAGAGCAGGAGGAGGCAGAGGAGGCAGAGGAUGCAGAGACUGAUAGAGAGGAAGAACAGGAUCCAGCGGAAGCCCCUUUUAGGGCAAAGAUCCGUACGGAGCAGAAGGACUUGGAGAGGCUGCAGAAGCAGUUGAGCGAGGUGAAGGAUCGAAAUGCAUACAGCCUCGCGGAGUUGAAGAAGAAGAGGAGGAUGGAAGAAACUCUGAAGGCUGAGAUAGAGGAACAGCUGGUCAAUUUGCGCGGAAAAGAGGUUCUAAUUCCCAUCUACAAGGAGGACAUUCGAUUUCCCCACUUGGCAUUGGACAGGUUCCUUCAGAAUGAAGGGUAUUGGCUGAACAAGGAAGACUACAACCUAAUUCUCCAAGAAGUGAAAGGACAGAUGCUAGCAAAGGAGGAGGAGGAUCGAAAAGCGCAGAUGGCUCGCAAGUUUGUGCCAUGGCCGGACCCUGCAAGGUACCCAGCAAGAGUGAUGUACUGCCUUGAUCUCAACAACCCGGUCCGCCUGUUUCUCAUCGCCACAACUGAGUGGAUUUGGUGGCCGAGGUUGGUGCUACUGUGCAUCUUGCUGAACAGCCUGAUGUUGGCGAUGGAUGACCCUGUGGAGAAACCUCCUCUGCCCGUCUCCCUGAGGGGAUUCAUUCUCAACUCAGCGUCAUACGCGUUCACGGUCAUCUUCUCUCUUGAGAUUCUCUUCCGCAUCGUGGCGAGUGGGCUGUGGGGUCACCCCAACAGCAUUGGAAGCGACGGUUGGAACUUUCUAGACAUCGCAGUGGUGGCUAUCGGCUGGUUGGAGAUUCUGCCGUUCUUCAGUGGAGGGCUGCAGCUGUCUGCCCUCAGAUCCUUGAGGAUUCUUCGUCCUUUGAGGGCCAUCUCAAGGUUCCAGUCGAUGCGAGUGACGCUGAUCGUGCUCGCUCAGACCUGGAAGCCUCUCGCCGUCUCAUUCACCGUCUGCAUCAUCAUGUGCAUCAACAUCGGCAUCCUCAACGUCUGCCUCUUCCAAGGCCGGCUCAAGAGCAGGUGCUUCGACCUCGACACCGGCCUGCUGGUGCAGAGCAAAGUUCGCUCCUGUGACCUUGGCAGAUCGAUGCCGCGGUCCAUCGCAGCAGGGACGUACGCUUGCGGGGUUGGCGAGCAGUGCCUGCCCGUGGGACGGAUGUUCGACCCUCUGGCUGACUCGUUGAACUUCGACGACACGCUUUCUGCCUCACUCAAGAUGUUCCAGAUCUUCACGCUGGACAGUUGGGCAGACAUUAUGUACGCGACCAUGGACAGCUGCUCUUUCGUCUCGUUCUCCAUCUUCAUCAUCUUCGUCAUGAUCGGGCCGACCCUGGCGACCAACCUGUUCUUGGCCGUGAUCACCCAAAGGCUCAAACUCGUCUCCAACGACCAGUACGUGGCCACAGUCUUCAAGGUAGAGAAGAGGAUCCGCAACCCGCUCUUGUCCAAGGCCUUCUACAAGUGGUUCGCCCACUACAGGGCGACGGAGGAAGGGAACGAGGUGAUUAUGAUGCAGAAGAUCGACAAGAGGAGGCUGGGGGAAGUCAGGUCGGUCCUGGUCCGCCUUGGGUGCAGGAACGGGCUGAUGGAGGGGAUCAACUUCGGCAGGGCCUUCAACACGUGGAAAGAGGUGUACCUGGUGCUCAAGGAGAUGGAGAAGGAGGAGCUGCGGCUGGGAGUCGAGAAGGGAGAGGGGAGAAAGAACAUCCUUGCGUUCCUUGUGGACAACUUCAGCCUGCUGAGGUAUCGCAUCAAGAAUCUGAUGAGAGAGCUGGUGUUCUCCUCCUCCCUCGAGAAGUUCAUCGGCGCUGUUGUCCUCAUCAGUACACUCACGCAGGCACUCGAGCAUCACCCGGACAGCGUGCCAGGCAAGGCCUGGGUGAGUCCCCGCGGCUACCUGAGGUUCCAUGCCGCCCUCAACGUGCUGAGCUUCGUCUUCACGGCUGUCUUCGUCCUCGAGCUCGUGCUCAAGGUCCUCGUGUACGGCAUCGUCGGGUACAUCAACAAAAGCCAAAACAUCAUCGACUUUGCCGUGGUUGUCGUCUCCCUGAUAGAGCUUGAGACCACCAUCGCCUCUCUGCGCUGCCAACUGACAGCAGACAACAAGUACGCCUGCCUCGAGUACGGAGGAGGAGGAGCUUCCGUCCUCCGGACCGCCAGGCUAGUCCGCCUGGCCAAGUUGAUGGGGAAGUUUCCGGUGCUGCAGAUGCAGAUCAAGGGGAUCCUAGACAGCCUGGAGGGUUUGAUCAGUAUUUUCUCCCUCCAGCUCCUCUUCAUCUUCCUCGGUGCCGUCCUGGGCCUCAGCCUCCUCGGCGACAGCCUCCUAGUCCGCCCGACCGACCAGCAGACCUUCCAGUCCCUCCUCACCUACGGAGCUCGACUCAAGCUCUCGAUCCCCCCAUGGUCCAGUCCCCUCCCGGAGGUCGACGACUUCCCUGCCAUCCUUGUCAACCUCAGCUCGAGCAGCACUGGCAUGACCUACCUCGCCAGCCCCAGGCUGGGCUUCUCCUACCUCUCUGCUCCGAGCCACUUCAACACGACGACCGUGCGGAGCGGAGUCUCUCCUCGCUCCCCCAUCUUCCCCUCCUUCCUGGGUGCCGUCCCUCGCACAAACUUCGACACUUUCUUCUCUGCAUGUCAAACUGCCGUCCAAGUCAUCUCGGGAGAUGCUUGGUCAGCCGUCUUCAUCCUCGCAGCAAGCAAUGUUGGGCCUGCGAUCGCAAUCUUCUUCCUCUGGCUGAUCUUUGUCGGCAACUGGAUACUGUGGAACUUUUUUCUUGCUACCAUGGUCGUCUCGUUCCGCAAGGAGACGCUGAGGACGGAGGCUCAGGAGUCGAGGAGGAGAGUCCUGAACGCGACGGGAGGGGUGGUGCUGUCUGAGAAAAAGCAGCUGAAUGAGUGGGAGAUCCUGACAGACCAGGAGAAGUUCCGCAAGAGAAUAGAGAGGAUGGCUGUAGACGGAAGGUCAAUAGAGGAAGUGACCGACGUCAUGCGUUACUUGUCCAACAAGGAGCUGUCGGAGAGAAAGAGGAUGGGCGGCCUGCUGGCUCAGAAUCUGCUGAAGCGACAGGAGAUGUUCGAGGAGGAGCUGGCGAUCGUCAAGCUGGAGGAGAAGCGAGCGCUGGUGGCGAAGCAGCCGGACAUAGCGCAGAGGUGCCGGUUGAUGCAGAGUCACAUCAACAAGAUCAUCCGGCAGACAGACGAGUCGAUCCUCGUCCUCACUGCCCCGGACUCCCUGGGCUUCUUUGACUCCCUCCACCCCCUCCGCCUCUCCGUCCUCAAGCUGAUUCAGUCCGCCGCCUUCACGCGCUUCAUCAACCUCUGCCUCCUCUACAGCUGCGUCUGCCUCUCGCUCGAGAGGAGGUACAUCUCCCUCCUCGAGAAGAACCUCGUCCGCCUCUCCAACCUCUGCCUCAACUCCAUCUUCCUGCUGGAGUGCAUCCUCAAGGUCACGGCCCUGUCCUUCAAGUCCUACUGGAAGGACCCGCUCAGCAAGGUCGACUUCCUCCUCGUCCUCCUGGGGAUCGCCGACACCUUUCUCAUCCUCAACGACCCCAACGGCCUCAUUCUCAAGACCGACUAUCAGGCCUCUCAGGAUCGUCCUCUACAAGAUCGGUAA